UCCUGAGUUUUUUUAUUACAGAGGAGAGGGUACCUGAGAUUGGCUUAAAAAUGAAUCUGAGAUUCUCGUAUUUGGUUCUAAUCCUGGGCUUUUCAGUCGUAUCAUUAAAUGGGCAAACAACUUCAUCAACCACUCACAAAACUCAAACUUCUGCUGGGACAAGUUCAACGUCAAGAACAACUCAAACAACUCAAACCCAAGUUUCUACUGGGUCAGGUUCAACAUCAGGUAGGACAACUCAAACUCAAGUGUCAGCUGGGUCAACAAAUCAAAUAACAUGUGGAAACAAUAAAGUAUUUAAAGAGUGCGGCACUGCCUGCCCCCCAAAAUGCAACCAACCUGUCCUCGUAGCCUGUUCAAAGGAAUGUGUGAGGGGUUGCUUCUGCAAAGAAGGUUAUGUUCAAGAUGAAGCAGGGAACUGUAUCUUACCGAAUAUGUGUGUUGCCCGAAUGGCCUGUCCUGGGAAUACCACCUAUGUUACGUGUGGUAGUUCAUGUCCUCAAAGCUGCGAGGGAUCUCCGAAGAAUCAACCGUGUGUUAUGAACUGUUAUGUUGGCUGUUUCUGUAAACCAAAUUUUGUUCGUCUGUCUGGGAUUAACAGGAAUGAAGGUCCAUGUGUGCUUUCUACAGACUGUCCAAGAAAAAAUAUAAAGCAUUAAAUGUACAAGGUACCCAUUAAAAUCUGGAUGAUUAGUAAAUCAGGAUACAAUGAUGACCAACCUAUCCAGAAGCUAAAGAAUUAUUCUUUGUUAUAUUUCCCUUAUGAGUCUAUAUAAAUGCUCAUGGGUUAUGACCAGGUUAUUAAAAUAAAGGAGGGGAUUUGUAAAAAACA